AUGGGAAAACGCGUGCUUGUCGGUUAUGGAAUCGAUGUUGACGCAGUUAGUGGAUGGAUCAACACCGAGGAUGGCCGCGUCCCUGAUCUGACGGAUAUCUCUCGUGGCAUCUUUGGUGCCACGGUGGGAAUCGAUCGCUUGCUCAACCUGUGGGAAAAAUACAGUAUUAAAACUUCCUGGUUUAUCCCUGCGCAUUCAAUAGAAUCAUUUCCCGCGCAAAUGAAGAAGAUCAAAGAUGCGGGACACGAAAUAGGACUACACGGUUAUACGCAUGAGCAUGUCAACUCACUUAGCGCACAGCAAGAGCGCGAUGUUCUAGCCAAAUCAAUUGACGUUCUGAUAAAUUUUACUGGGAAGCAUCCCAAAGGAUGGACCGCGCCAUCAUGGAAGACUUCACGGCAAAGCAUCAAGUUGCUCGAAGAGUUUGGUAUUGAGUACGACCAUUCCUUCAUGCAUCACGAUUCACAGCUCUACUUUGCACCUGAUUGCACAGAAACAAUGGUGCCGACAGAGCUCUCCAAACCCGCCGCCGAGUGGAUGGUCCCGAUGACUGGAUUAACAGCCAGCAGCAUAGUCGAAGUCCCAGCCAACUGGCAUUUGGACGAUUGGCCCCCAUUCCAGCUAGAAGAUGGUCCGUCUCACGGAUAUGUUGACCCGUAUGUCAUCGAACGGCUCUGGAAAGAUCAAUUCGACUUUCUGUAUCGCGAGUAUGACACAUUCGUGUUUCCUAUUUCAAUUCAUCCUCAGGUGAGUGGAAAGCCUCAAGUCAUCUUGUUGCAUGAGAGGUUUAUUGAGUAUGUGAACUCCCACGAGGGAGUGGAAUGGUGUACUUUUGAGCAGAUGGUGGAGGAGUUCAAGGCUGGAAGAAUCCGGGGGGCCGAAGUGAUACCUGGUAUCAAUGUGGCUCGUGGUUAG